CUCCCUGGGAAGUCUCUGAAAUGAAGUUUCUUCCUGCUCCAGUGCAUUCUUUGCCAAUAUAAAUUCCAAUGGCUCCUCAUUGCCUCAGGAUCAAAUAGAUAGUUCUCGGGCACCUGAAGCUUCUAGGAUCUCUGAUUUUUUUAUGCUUCACUCCCUUUCAUGAACUGUUUGUCUGGUCUGGCUGGCUAUUCCUCCCACAAACAAAACUUCAUUUCUUGAUUUCAUGUGUUUCCACUGAUUUCUCUAAUUGGGGAAUACUCUUCUUAUCUUUACCUCCUGGUACUUUCUUGGUAGUUCUUCCCUCCUCCCCUUCAGAUUCAUUCUAUUUGAUCAUCUCCAAUUUAUCCUGGAUAUAAUUUGUAUAUUGUUGUUUUCAUGUUAUUUAUUCCAUUAGACUGAAAUCUUUGAGAUUUGUCUUUUUUUUUUUUUUUUUUGUAUCUCUAGCACUUAUAGUUCCUGGCACAUAGUAAGUAUUUAAUAAAUGUUUAUUGAUUGACUUUGCUUUUCUCCAGAUAUUAUAUAUCUUGUAUGCAUAAUUUUUUGCUUGUUUUCUUCCGCAUUGUAAUGUGAGCUCCUUAAGGACAGUGAUACUGUUUUUGUCUUUACCCUGUGUCCCUGGCACCUGGCAAGAAGGAAGACCCUAAUAAAUGCAUGAUGACUGACUUACUGUCAAGGUCUCUUGAGACUUAUUUGGCUUUUUGCUUCAAAGACUCCCCGUGAAUACCAACAAUGUAGGUCCUUCCUCUCCACCCCACAGCUGUGCUAUGGCCAAUCUAUUAUGGCAAAAGAAUUACAUUUCACAAUGCUUUUACUAGCAAGAGGAAAGACUGAAAAAUAAAAACAAUCCAAGAUGGUCAGCCCCCUCACUGAGUGCUUGAUAAGGGAUGGACCAAACAGAAAAAAAAAAAAAGAUUUCCCCUCAGCUUGACUCUUUGGCAUUCCCUCUGAUUGCUCCAAGUACACAGGAGAAGGGCUGGGUCUCUCCAUUCAGGAACAGGGGUCGGUGACUUCCUCAGAAACUAAAGCCAGCAGCACAGAGGAUUAGGAAUGUUUUUCCCUUCUCAUGCAGCAUUGAUCUGCCUUAUAACACCCUGGGCAGCUGGAGAAUAAACACUGUAGCUGUUUCUCAUCUCUAAGGAUUCAGAUGCAGGCAAAGUACAACAGUACAUUGGAUAUGCUGGAUGAUGAUGGGGAGACCACCCUAAGCCUACGUUCCCAAGCCCUAACCAUCACUCCAAGACCAGAGAGCAAGAACACAGGAUACUUAGCUAUUUCUCCAUAUUGGCGUCCAGUUGCUCUAACUCUGUUGACUUUGUGUCUGUUGUUGCUAAUUGGACUGGGAGUCUUAGGGCUUGAAUUUUUUCAGAUCAAUCAACUCUCAAUCACCCAAAGGCAUAUUCUCAAUCAAAAGGAAGAAAAGCUGGGAAACUUUUCUAGACAGUUACAUUCUCUACAAGCCCAGAACAGGAAGCUCACAGAUACUCUGCAGCACCUGGCUAAAAAGCUCUGUCGAGAACUCUAUAACAAAACAGGAGAACACCGAUGUAGCCCCUGCCCAAAGAAAUGGAAAUGGCACAAGGAUAAUUGCUUCUGUUUCUCUAAGGAGAGCAAUACGUGGCAGGGCUGCGAACAUUUCUGCACUGCUGAGAAUUCCACCCUUUUGAAAAUAGAGACACAAGAUAUUCUGGAAUUUGUGAUGCCUCAGAGCUACUCUCAGUUUUUCUACUCCUAUUGGACAGGACUGACCCGCAAUGGCAGUGGCAAUCCAUGGCUGUGGUUGGAUGGAUCUCUUCAUUCCUCUGACUUGUUUGAUAUUGUCAUCGACUUCAGCAGCUUAAAGAGCUGGGACUGUGUGACAAUAUUGAAUGGAAGGGCUUUUGCAAAGGACUGUAAGGAGCUAAGGCGCUGUGCAUGUCAAAGAACAGCAGCAAUGGUGAUGCCAGAAUUGCUGGAAUAGUCUUCUGAAAGAAUGGAUGGAGAUAAAUGGACCUCCUAACCAUUUCUGCACAACCAGAAAUGAUGCAAGCCAAGCAGGAGAAGUGGCAAGAGCUCUCUGAAUCACUGGGGUUCAUUCGGAAUAGAAGAGCAGGUCUCUCUGGCCAGUAAAAAAAAAAGGGGAGGGUGAUCUUUUUCAAGGAUUCUACCAAGGAAAAUCAGACCCAUAUGCCUGGAUUUAAGUACAAACUUUUCAGUCACAGAAAAAUCCAAUUUUCAUAAUUCACCUUGCUCUAGACUCACAUCCUCUAUAACUUGGACUUGUUUAUUAUUCUCAAAACCCUAAUUUUCCCCAUUGUUGUUCAUAUCCCUCUACUACCAUUCCUACUACUUUUGAAAGGAAAAUGAGAAAUUCUUGGACAAAAGUUAUACAAGUAACAGAAGUCUCUGGGCUCCAAAGAAUAGUCCCCCCCCCCCCCGAUUCUUUUUUGGUUUGUUUGGUUUUGGUUUUGGUUAUGGUAUACCUCCUGCAAUUUAUCAUACUUGAAUGAUUUUCCUCCUUUGAGAAUCAUUUAACCCCUGAAAUACUCAAAACUCUUAAUGGAUUUCAAGAAUUUUUCUUUCACCCCAGCAAUCUCCAGGGAAGAAAGUUUAUCUGAGACCCACAGCAACCAAGGAUAUCUAUUUUAGAUCAUUAUGGGAAGGAAUAAGACUCAUUUCCUCCUUUAGUGAACUUGGGAGUCUAGAGAAAAGUAAAACUCCAGAUGUCUCUCCUUACAAAGGAUUGGUGACUUUUAAGCUCAUUUUCCCACAAGAUAAUUACCAUCAGUCUUUUCAGACUCCUCAAAGUCCAGCAGCAAGAGAAAUGUCAAGAUGAUGGGCUGUGACCCGGGAUGAAGUGUCUUCAAUGUCUUACAUAGGUCCAAAUGCUCCAUAGUGCCUGUUUCAGCUGCCUUAAUGCUGUUGGGAAGAAUUGUUCUCAUCCUUUUCUACCAGGGAAAGUCUUCAUAUUUCUCGGAUAAACAUUCUCUUAAUUCACCAACAGGUUUAAGGCCUGUUAGUUACUCUCAGCCUGGUUUAGACUGUCUACUGAGACAAUACCUACACAUGCUACAGCUUCUUGGAUGGAUCCACAGAUGAGAGUUGGGUAGCAAGUGGACACCAAAGGUAGAUGAGUAGCCCUGAAAAGGGCUCAGCUAGUUCUUACGCCGAGGUACCAGUCCUCCAUAAACCUCAUACACCCAAGUGUUUAAUGUACAUAGAAAUAAAAUAGUAUUUCCAAUA